GCAGAUCCCCACCGAAAUAAAUUAAUAACUUCACCCUACAACCCAUCUUCAUAAAACCCUUGUAGAGAAUUAUUCACCAUCGCUCUCUUGUGUGAUAUAUUUUUAUUCUUUUUCUUUCGUAUCUCCCUCAGCUGUAAGUUGUAAUUGUUUUGUUUUUGUUUUAGAGAGAGAGAGAGAGGGAGAGAGAGAGAAAAAGGGAUAGUUGAAGAGGAGGGUGAGAGUAAGACUACUCGUCGUCCUAUGCUGGGGGACUCUAGUGUGUUAGGGAGCGCCAUCAGCCGCGAUGCUACCACCACAGCGGCUGUGGGGGUUCCCGAAGGCGGUGGAGGCGAUGGUGGUGGCGGCGGUGGUGGCUCAAAUUCGGGUGAGGACACUUUUAGAGGUGGGGGUGGUGGGGAUGAUUUGUUAGGGAGUGGUGAGAGGAGCUUUGGUGGCAACCGUUGGCCUCGGCAAGAAACUCUAGCUCUCUUGCAGAUACGGUCUGAUAUGGACGUGGCGUUUCGUGAUGCAAGUGUGAAAGGUCCAUUAUGGGAUGAGGUUUCCAGGAAGCUAGCUGCGCUUGGCUAUCAUCGAAGCGCCAAGAAAUGUAAGGAGAAAUUUGAGAACGUCUACAAGUACCACAGGAGAACCAAAGAAGGCCGGACUGGCAAGUCCGAAGGCAAGACUUAUCGGUUUUUCGAUCAAUUAGAAGCCCUCGAAAAUCAACCUCAGACACCGGGAACUACUCACCAUCAUCAAGCAAAGCCUCAUCAUCAAUCUACAAUGGCUGCGGUCGCGGCAACAAUGGCAACAAUGGCAAGUACUAUUCCAUCAUCAGCUGCACCACACCCUAUAAUUAGUAAUGUGUCCUCUCAAGCUAUUGCCGCACCAACACUCAACCUCGCAGCUCCCAAUUCAUUCCCACCAACAAACCCUAUAGUUCUUCCACCACCGCCACAACCACCGCCGCCAACAACAACAAACCCUACGAAUAAUCCUCAUCAUCAUCAUCAUCACAACACUUUCUCAUCCUCUUUCCCAAAUAUAUCCGCUGAUCUUUUGACCUCUUCGUCCACCUCCUCUGACGAGGAUUUGGAAGGGCGGGCGAAGAGGAAGAGGAAAUGGAAGGACUUCUUCCAGAGACUAAUGAAGGAGGUGAUCCAAAAACAAGAGGAUCUUCAGAAGAGAUUCUUGGAAACCAUCGAGAAACGCGAACACGAAAAAAUGGUGAGAGAAGAAGCUUGGAGAAUGCAAGAGAUGGCACGAGUCAAUCGAGAACGCGAGAUUCUAGCCCAAGAGAGAUCCAUCGCAGCCGCCAAAGACGCGGCAGUCAUGUCAUUCUUGCAAAAGAUAUCCGAGCAGCAGCAAAAUCCAAACCAAACCCCGCCACCGGGCCAAUCACAAAUCAAUAACAAUUUGCUGCAACUACAGCCACCACCACUAGUGCCUCCUCCUCCGCGGCAGCCUGCACCCCCACCACAACCACAACCACAACAGCCCGUGACUAAUUUUGACGUUGUUCCAAAACCAAACAACAAUGGGGGGAAUAACAAUUUGAGCUCGCCGGCAAGCUCAUCAAGAUGGCCAAAAGUGGAGGUACAAGCAUUGAUCAAGCUAAGAACGAGCCUCGAUUCAAAGUACCAAGAGAACGGGCCGAAAGGGCCGCUAUGGGAGGAGAUCUCGGGGGCCAUGAGGAAGCUUGGAUACAAUCGGAGUUCGAAGAGGUGCAAGGAGAAGUGGGAGAACAUAAACAAGUACUUCAAGAAAGUAAAGGAGAGCAACAAGAGAAGGCCCGAGGAUUCCAAGACGUGUCCCUACUUUCACCAGCUGGAUAGUUUGUAUAGAGAGAGGAACAAGUUUGAUCACAACAAUGUGAAUCCUAAGCCCGAAAAUUCGGUGCCUUUGAUGGUGAGGCCAGAGCAGCAAUGGCCACCUCCUACUCCGCAGCAGCAGCAGCAGCAAGAUCAUCAGAACAUGGAUAUUGAUCAUCAUCAUCAUGAUCAUCAGAACCAAGAAGACGAUCAUCAUGAUCAUCAAGAUAAGGAGAAUAUUAUUGGUGGUGAUGAAGAUGAAGAAGAAGAAGAUGAUGAUGAUGAAGAGGAUGAGGAGGAGGAUGAGGGGGAUGGGAACUAUGAGAUAGUGGCAAACAAGCCAGCUCCAGUGGGUGCAGCCGCAGCUGAGUGAGUUGAGAAAAAGGCCAAGAUGGAUUGAAAGAAAGAAAGUGGGUCUCAAUGUGGGUCAGGUUUUGCAGGGCUUCCGGACGGGUAAGUGGGUCAAAUGCAUUUGGCGGGUCCUGAAUUUUGGGUGGAAGUAUUGAUAAGAAAGUAUACACAAACUGGGAAAGAAAGGUAAAAAACAAAGAGACAUGGUGAGGGAGGGAGAGAGGAGGGAAGCUAGGGGUUGAUAUAGGCAGUGAAAUCAUAGUUUGUUUAUUUUAUAAUUUAUUUUAUUUUUUUCUCUAAAUAAAUAAGGUCAUGAAGAGGAGAUAAAAGGGUCAUCAACUUCAAGUUCCAGAAAACAAAUAAUAGACACUGUUAACUAGUGUUGUAAUUUUGCUUUUGCUUUUUUUGUUCAGGGGAUUGGUGGUGUGUAAAUGUGAGAAAUAGUUAUAAUUUAGUCUUUGUCGU